AUGGCGACAUGGCGGGACUGGCAGGUAGGCCGGGCAUGGAUCAUGAUGGGAUGUAUCAUUGUAUCGUCCAUUGCGCCAGCCACUGGGCCACUGGGCUAUGAACUGGGCCACUGCUGGGCUACGAACUGGGCCGCUGGGAGGACCUUUGACCCUUGGACGGAGCCAGGGGCCUCUCUGGCGUCCGGCGAGAUGGGCAUUGUGAGUGGAGGAGGCGAGGGAGGCGAGAGACGUGGGCAAAAGGGAGGGAUAUCGACCCGGGGGCUGGUCCCUGUCAAGCGGAGAACUGGGCGACCGGGGUGUUGUAGAUUUGGUGUCGAUGCGACGUUCUCCGUGGGCGAUGUGGAUAUGCUGCACGGGGACGGCCGCAGGACGGUCGAUGCACAUGACGCAGCGCCGACGCAGACGCACAGGGCACGUAUGGAGUAG